CGCGUCGACUCCUCCAGGGAACCAAGCUUUUACCACUCCAUGCGACAGUUCAUACAUACUACAGAAUGGCCUAGUGGCCCAGACAACUUAGUACCCACGCAUCCCCCCAAGAGACUCCGCCGAUCGCUACCGUUUCCAACACCACUCUCCUCCCCAAUCUCCAUCCAUAAUCCAUCUCCCCAGCUCUUACAUCCCCGGCCCUGGGUUGUCUUUGUGUAUCCGCCAGCUGCAGCUGCGACUUCGCACGCACUCGCACGACUCACCCUCCUUUCAGUCUGAACCAGCAAAUGAUCGAGUACUUACCCAGCAUAUAGAGCCGACGUUUGUAGGAGGACACUCCAACCUUAUUCCAGACCUUAUCCUUCUGUCGAGACAGUUACCAAUCCCCGGGAAGGCCGAGUCAGCACACCACAGUCUCACUACAGCUUUCGCCUCCCUUGGCUGUGUUUGUCGAUCAACGAUCCACAACCAUCAAGUCUCCCCACGACGAGACAUCGAGACAUACAUCUCGAGUAAUUCUAGGCGACGGCCAUAGCGACCACCAGUGAAGACGGAGCACGAUCCCCAUCCUUGACGUCGAGCCGACUUUUCAAGAUCAAGGCGCUCAGGGCGAGCCUCCGCAACUUCAACUGGCUCUAAUUCCAGUUCAGCUUUUCAGCACGACCUCCUUCGUUUGCGCCUUGCACUUGACCGUCCCAACGCAACCGACGAUGCCGCUUCGUCGCGCUCGACCCUCUAAUUCUUUCUUCUAGCCUGCCUACCAUGAGGAUCGCCAUUCGUGAGCAGCUUGCAGCCCUCGUUCUUCUUGCCGUUCUCAUAUCCCUCGCCGUUGUCUCCAUUCCAACAUGGAUCUAUGUCAAUCGCUUUGUAGUCGACAUCGAGCGCGAGGGUCUGCAGCUCACAGCUUCCCUCAAAGCAUCCCGGAUCUCUGCAGAGCUCGGCCUCAUUGAGACCAUUGCCAUGACCAUUUCUUCUCGAAUUCUCGUUCAAACAGCAUUCACAAAUUUCUACAAUACUGGUGACCGAAACUGGGAAGAUGCCCGCGAAGAUCUUGAGAGCGCACUUGCUGUCAGCACCAGUUCUGGUCUGUUGCAAGUAAGGCUAUAUUCGAGGAAUGACACGGGCGCUUCCAAUGGCGGUUUACUCAACGUGACCUCCCUUUCUGCACCUGAGAUCAUUCUGCCCUACGGCAGUUCAACUGGCUCCGAGAUACGACUCGGCGAUACUGAUGAGGGCUACCCACCAACUCUUUUCCCUAAUCUCACAUAUAUCAAUCUUGAUCGGCCAAGUUCUCAGCGCAAUAACACAACAGCUUUUGCAGCCCAAGCAUUCCCAGAUGUUAGGAUUGCCCGCGAUGGUGGCUUAUUGCUGGGGCCACUAGUUCUCAAUGAGAGUGCCGCUCUCCUUUCCGUAACAAUUCCUGUUCGGGACAACAACGAUACCUUUAUCCUUGGCUACAUGACUGUGGUUACGCUUGCCGAGUCACUCACCGCCGUUCAGGAUUCUCGUGAAGGAUUGGGAAAGACGGGUACCGUCCUACUCAUUGGCCCUACUGAUCGGUCAAAUCGUUUUAACAAAACUCAGCCCGCCAGCAAUGCGACAUACACUCCCAACCGUGACGAAUUUGGUAAUGUGAUGGUCAAAUUUGUCCUUCCUCCUAAGAAUCCGGAAGGACAAAAGGAUCGUCAUAAUGUUCAUCAGUUUGUCAGCGAGACUGGUAAUAGAGCAUUUCCUGUCAAGUAUUACCCAGCAGCGUUCGAUUCGUUCACAAAACAUUAUGAUACUGUCAAUAACGCCAGCGCUCUCCUCAACACACACAACGAACAAGACGCCCGUGUCGCAGUUGGAUUUGCUCGAACGCAAACUCCUCUGGCAAACUGGACUGUUAUUGUCGAGAAAGCCAGAUCAGAAGCUUAUAAGCCGAUCAACACUUUGCGGAACAUCCUGCUUGGCACCGUGUUCGGUACUGUCGGCUUGAUAGCCUUGCUGGUCAUUCCAUGUGCUCACCUUAGCGUGUUGCCCAUUCGAAAACUCAAAGCGGCCACAGAAAAGUCAAUCAAUCCCCCAGGAUAUGAAGACUCAUUUAUCGAUUCGGAUUCCGAGUUCGGAGAGGAGAUUCCAAGUUCUGGAGGGAUAUCACGACGAUCCAAAAAGCGAGGGCCAAUAGCGAAAUUCAUUCGAAAAAUGCAAGGAAAGUCGAAUGGACCGAGUUCAAAUCGAGAUAUUGCCCGCCGAAUGUUCAAAAUCCCUGCAAAGGUUGAUGACCGGAAGCACUUUGUUACGGAUGAGCUAACUGAGCUGACACGAACCUUCAACGAUAUGAGUGACGAACUGGUAAAACAAUAUCUUUCCCUUGAGGUCAAGGUGGCAGAACGAACAAGGGAGUUGGAGGAGAGCAAGAAGGCAGCGGAGGCGGCUAAUGAGAGCAAGACGCUUUUCAUUGCCAACAUUUCCCACGAACUGAAGACGCCCCUGAACGGCAUCCUUGGCAUGUGUGCCGUGUGCAUGGAAGAGAACGACAUCGUUAGGAUUAAGCAAUCCCUAAAGACACUCUACAAAUCCGGCGACUUGCUGCUUCAUCUCUUGGAGGACUUGUUGAGCUUCUCCAAGAACCAGAUUGGCCAGCAGCUCAACCUUGAACUGAGGGAAUUCCGACUGGCCGACAUCAGAUCACAGAUUUUGACCAUUUUCGACAAGCAGGUUCGAGAAGGAAAGAUCAACUUCUCGGUAGAGUUUAUCAGCUCCGACAAUAUCGACAUUAGCACAAGUCCAGACAGAACAAAUGGGGAGACAAGAUUACCAGCACUUGGCCCCUAUGGAACUGGAAGACUGAAAGACAUGUGUCUAUGGGGCGAUCAACACCGAAUACUUCAGGUCAUCAUAAAUUUGGUGAGCAACAGUUUGAAGUUUACGCCUCACAAUGGCAGCGUCUCAGUCCGCAUUAAGUGUCUCGGAGAAGCAGAAACCGUUGUUGAGAACGAAAGCCGUACAUCAUCGCUAUCGAAGAACUCGCGGAACAACUCACGAACUGGGCGUCCUCGACAACGCGGAAGCGCCAGCUCAGCAAACUCAGGAGGCUCAGGAAACCGAAACUCGAUCCCGAAGUUCAAGGGCACGGGAACUGCCUUGUCCAUCAACCCUAUGGACCCAAAGGCAACCCCUCAUGUCCUGGUUCGAGAGCGAUCCCCUACGCCCCCUCCACCAGGUGCGAAGUCGUAUGUGUUCGAAUUUGAAGUACAGGACACUGGCCCCGGCAUACCUGAACAUAUGCAGCAAAAGGUUUUUGAGCCCUUUGUCCAAGGAGAUCUGGGUCUGAGCAAGAAAUUUGGUGGUACUGGAUUGGGAUUGAGUAUCUGCCACCAGCUAGCAGGCCUCAUGGGUGGUUCUAUCAGCCUGCGUAGCACUGUGGGCGUCGGCACAAUCUUCACUAUGCAGAUUCCGCUAAAAUACGUGAAGGAUCGAACUUCCAGCACUGCAUCGAGCAGUGUGAAAUCCCGCCCAGCAAGCGUAGAUGCUAGCGACAUAGAGCCACAGCGCGUUGCUCCUGGUGCCCCGAAACCUGCAGCUGAAACCAAGUCAGCCGGUGCUCUCAACCCACAACCUCGACUGGUCGGGCUAAGCCAGCCAUACUUCGCUGCUGACCCUCCAUCUAUCAAGAGUGCAGAACAGAAGAUGGCUGAGAUUGAUCGGGCCAUUGCCAGUAAGGGUGACCAAGGCAGGCUACGCGUUCUGGUAGCCGAUGAUAACUCAACCAACAUCGAAGUUGUCAGCCGCAUGCUGAAACUCGAGGACGUUUACGAUGUGACUAUUGCGAAGGAUGGCCAAGAGGCCUACGAUCUGGUGAAAGCAACAAUGGAGAAGAACCAAGCGUUUGACGUGAUUUUCAUGGACGUCCAAAUGCCCAACCUUGAUGGGUUGCAAAGCACUCGGCUUAUCCGUGAGAUGGGCUACACAUCCCCCAUCGUUGCUUUGACAGCCUUCUCAGAGGAGAGUAAUGUGAAAGAAUGCAUUGACUCGGGUAUGGACGAGUUUCUCGCCAAACCUAUCAGACGGCCGGCCCUUAAACAAGUGCUGAAGAAGUUUGCAACAAUCCCGGAGGAGCCGGAAGACGAAAAGCGCUCUUCUUCGCUGAAACCGAAAGCUAGAACGAAUGGCAAUGCCAUUCAGCCACACAAGGAGGCCGAGAACGGUGCACCUCGAGAGAAACAUGGAUGAGCGCUUUAUCCCUGGUUUGCUGUGCACCUGCAGAAGCCACAGCUAGGAAUACGAGCGAAGGUGACUCGUACUGAAGACAGACAUAUCAUACUCAAGGGACAAAGAUCCCCAUACACCAUCUCAACCAACAUACAUCUCUUAUCUAUUUGUUUCAAGUUGCAAAAGUCUAGCGGGAGGAAUUGUCUUUGCUGGAGUUUGAGCAUUUUUCUUAUCAAAAUUUUCAAGGGGAAAACGGAUCGGGAAAAGAACCGCCCCCGUGUCUUUUUGGCUUGUUCGGGUUAUUGGUCACGCACGUUGACGAGCAUCGCGACCUCUCUAUAUUCUAUUUUUGAUCGUAUUUCUGGGGUUUGCCGUCACAUACAGUUGAUCGGCGCACACGUAUAUAGGCGUACACGUUUUGACCUAUUAUAGUUGUCAUUUGCACAUGUUUGCGGAUACUGGAAAUGGAAUACAAACGUGGUGCCAGUUACAGCAUCACAAGAGGAGGCAUACGAGGAAAAGAAGACAGAGGAGAGAAGAAAGAAGAAAGAAGAGGCGUAUAUACAUACUCAUGUAACUAUAUAUAUACGCAUAAUACUGUGACGAAGGAAGAACAGAAAUUCGUCACUAGACACGUUGUAUGACUCGGUGCAUCUGCUCGUUGUGAC